AAUAAGUCAAAUAUAAGUCAAAUAAGUCCAAUACAGUCAAAAAUAAACACAGAACGAACCGUGCAAAAUUAAAAUUUUUGAUUUUUUUGAAAACGUCUUCUAAUUUUGUAUGUAAAGUUUAAUUUCAAUGAGACAAACCAUUUAAUUUGGACAUCAUGGCACAGCGACCCAUACCUCUGAUCGCCGUUGCUCCGGUAAAGGGUCCUGCUCUUCCACUUUGGUUUACUUUUGACUCGAACGAGGACGAGAAAGAAUUGUGGCAUUUAGAACAAGAAUUGGCUUCAGAGUUGGAACGCAUUGAACAAAAGCACUGUGAUACUGUACCGGUUGGAAAAUCAGGGAAUGAGAGCUACGUGGACGACGAUGAUGAAGAAGAUGAAGAAGAAGAAGAUAACGACGACGAUGAGAGCGAGGAAAGGGACGAGAGUGAUGACGAAGAAAUGAUUGAUGAUGCAGAGGAUGCGGCCGACGAUUAAGAGACUAAUAUACAAUCUAAAUUUGUGGACAAAAUUUAUACUUUACAACUGUACAUACUGUGAAUGAGUGAGCGAGUUUAAAGCAAUACGUACAACGUUAUAAACGACGAUAUUUAUUUUACUUGACCACAAUUUGUGUACCUGUGUGUUCUACACUAAAAAAUACUUGUUCUGAACUAACCCAUCAAAAUAUUUAAAGAAAAAGUUAUCCCAAAAUUAAAAUGUUUAAAAAAAUAGUUAUCCAAAAAUCAAAAUAUUUAUCAGUGCACAUAAGAGAUCUAUAUAUCUAGAGAUACUCAUCCUCAGUCAUCAGUUUAAGGUUCUGUAUAGAAAUAUUAAGUAAAGUCAACUUCAAUUUUAUAAUUUUUGUGAUAUCGUCGUACAAAACCGAUCAAAAUGCCAGGAAAAGUGAAAGUUCGAGUAGUUGCUGGGCGAGGUCUUCCAAUCAUGGACAAGUCAAAUGAUACAACGGACGCUUAUGUGGAAGUCAAGCUCGGUCAAGUUACGUACAAAACUGAUGUGUGUCGCAAGUCUCUCAAUCCUCAAUGGAACUCAGAGUGGUUCAAGUUUGAGAUGGACGAUUUAGAACUGCAGGAUGAACCGUUACACAUAAGAUUAAUGGACUAUGACACUUAUUCGGCGAACGAUGCCAUUGGCAAAGUAUACUUGGACUUGAAUCCCUUGCUUAUAAAUUCAACAAAAACUAAAGACAACUGGGGCAAGACAAUUUCGGGUUGGUUACCGGUUUAUGAUACAAUGCAUGGACUUCGAGGUGAAGUAAACCUGAUUGUAAAAGUCGAACUAUUUUCUGAUCUCAACAAGUAUCGUCAAUCUUCGUGUGGAGUGCGAUUCUUUUUCAGUCCACAGGUCCCGGAGGGAUUUGUUGCUCACAGUAUUAAUGGUUUUGUUGAAGAAUUGGUUAUUAAUGAUGAUCCUGAAUAUCAGUGGAUCGAUAAAAUUCGAACCCCACGAGCAUCUAAUGAAGCAAGACAAACUUUAUUUCAAAAAUUAAGUGGAGAAGUUCAACGCAAGGUAGGGUUAAAAACUUUGGAGCUUGGGGGCAAUGCAGUCGUCGGGUAUAAACAGUGCAUCGACAUAGAGGGAGAAUCUGGUCUCGUAAUUCGAGGGAUUGGGACCGCCAUGUAUUUAACGAAAUUAUCAGAAAAUCAGCUAUCGCCUGUGCCUUUAAUAGAAGGUGCUUCAAAAGAGUCUCAAUGCCUCGCGCUGUGUCAGCAACAUUCGCUUCCUCGAAAACGAAAGCAAAUCCCAAUCCCAAGUCCUCCCAACAUCCAACGCCGCUAUAGACACCUGUUACCCAGCAUGUCCAUGUCCCGUAAUGACCCUGUCUGUGAUCCUUUACCUGUCCCAACUGUCAAUAAAUCUGCCAUGCUAUUUCGAGGUGACCUUAACCGUGGAGCUCUUAGUUCAUCUUUCUCCAAUCUUUUUGUGAGAAAUAGGGCUAGCAAAUCGCCCAGUCCAAAUCCAUCACAACAAGAACCUGAUCGAGGCCGUUCCGUGUCACCACCAAAGUUGACCAAAGCCAUGACUUCUGUCUCAUUACGCGUACCGACAACGACGAGUAGUGGAUCAGGAACACAAAGGGUCACCAGAAUAUUUUCUGAUGAGAAGAAGAAACAAAAUUUUGCAACGGAUGAUACUCAAAUGAAACAGAACUUGGUUAUUGCAGCCAAGCCAAGCCAGUCUCAACCAAAUCUAAAGAAGAAUUUCCAGUCUUCGCCUCCCCCUCCCCCUCCUCCCAAUGCUCAAAAAAGUCUACCAUUCAAACAAUUUGGAGACAAAGACAAAAAAGACAAUGCAACAAGUGCUUUACUACUAACCUCAACAACUAACUUGAAAGACAAUGACUCGCGAGAUUGUAAUACUAACACCCAUAAAAAGGCAACCUCUUUAGAACAGCAGAAUAGAUUUUUAGCUGAGAUGGAGCCGGAUUUAGUCUUAGAUUUAGAAUUAGUAGCAUCUGGGGACACCCUGUCAGAAAUUAGCGAGGAACGUGAGUCUCAAGAAUCCUUCCGUGGUGGUGGAAUUGAUCGUUUAGCACCGAUUAUAGUUCGACCAACUCCAUCACCAAGACCACGCCCACAGUCUCUCUCUGAAAAGGAAAGUGACGACUGCUCCAUCUCUGAAGAUUCUCCACCCACAUCCCCCACAAGCACUGCAUCCUCUAAAACUAACAAAUUCACUCUGCUCAAUUUAAGAAAGAAGCAUCGUUGGAUGACGCGAAGGGAGCGAUUGAGUACAAAUUGUUUGGUGAAACGUGCUUCAUCCAGCGUUUCUUCAAAAUCAUCAGGUCCGAUAGUACACUCACCUCCUCGUCCGCUCCCUCCUCUUGGGGCUGGCAAAUUUCCCCUGGCAAAGGCCAGUUCGAGUAACUCUAGCUCUUCUACUACAAAGAUCAGAGUAGAGUUGGGAAAGAUUUUCAAACGGAUCUCCUUCUCUGGAGAUGGAGACAGUGAUACCAAUAACUCUAACUCGGUCAAAGCUAAUAGGAAAUUGUCGCCAACUAAAGGACUUUAUCGAACACCUCGGCGGCUAUUCUUUCGAAGAAGACGUACUCGAAGUAAAAGUAUUAAACAUGAGACUCGAGCUAUACUCGUUAGGUCCAAUAGCGAAUGCGAAUCUCAAUCUUUCUCCAUGAGACAUACAUCUUCAGAAACAUCAUUGCCUUCCAUUGGCAGUGAGCCAGCUGUCGUGUUCAACUUUCCAGGUGAUGAAGAAGAUGACGAUGAUGACCUGAAUAGUGUAGUGGGCGAUCAGGAGAACCCAUCUUCUUCUAUGGUAGAACUGCAGACUAAUUUGCUCACGGAAAAACAAAAGACGACAGUGACGGCUAAGAAGAGCCCAGUAAAAUCGCUAAAAAUCGUUGAAAAAUCUGCCCCCACAUGUCCAAAAACUCCACAUGCCACCGCUAUUCCGGUAGAACACGCUAAACUGCGAGAACUAAUCGGCGACCUCGGUUACGAUACUGGAAAACCUUUACAACUUUACAUUUCUAGCAUGGACGCUUUGCUUGUGUAUGACCCUGCUUACCCUGCUCCUUCUUCUUCUUCUGUGGGAGGGGCUGUGAAUAGUUCCUCUUGUGUCUGCCUUAAUGUAGAUAACAGCUCAUCACCUCUAGCACAUGGCGGCUCUUCUUCCGUGGCUGCUUUUUCUUCCAUUACUGAUGAUGAUGCUAAUAAUACCGCUUUACAUGGACGACUUGACUUUGACUCUACUUCGGACCCAAGUAAGACGAGGGCUAAAGUGGAUACUCUGCUGAAACUGAAACGAGCCGACAGCUCCGUACUUAAUUUAGGCGAGAGAUCUAGCAGCAGUAAGAAUAAGCCGGAGACGUUUGAAAAGAGUAAACGACACAGAACGGAGACACUUGUAGAAUGUAAUAGCUCCACGAGUAGCAGUGGCAGUAUGACGACAAGUAGUAGACGGUCAACUAGCACAACGAGCUCAACUACAAGUGGUGGUUGUACCACAAGUGCCACAAGUAGUAGUUGUACAAAAGCUUUUAAGAACUUUGAAAUGAGAAUGCCAAAGUUUAGACAGAGUGACGAUGAACAAGUGGAAGAGGAGUUGGAAGAAAAUUUUGAAAAAUUGGAGAAAUUUGUGCGAAAUGCACAACGGCAAAAAAAAGGUGUUGAUAGCAGUAGUAGUGUAAUUACGAUUGGAUCUGCAUGUAGGUCCCCCAUCCCUGAAGAAUAUGUAGAACCCACAGCUGCAGCGUCAUGUGCCAUACCCAAUAAUACUAAUUCGUCCCAUAAUCCUGCUAGUUCUCCACCAAAAAGAUUAGGUUCUCCUCAGAAACCAAUUCCUUCUUCUACACAUUCUACUAGUGGGGGAAAUGGCUUUUAUGGUGACCAUCAUGAAUCCAAGAGCAGUGGUCAAAUGUAUAAUGGAAAUAGUGGGAGUGGAUCCCCAGAAAAGGGUGGAGGCGCAGCAGCCGCUUCAACGCCAAAUACCAAACAAUCUAAUUAUGGGCAGAUGCACAGAAGAAGUUCUGAGUCUGAUUUAAGCACUACGCCAAAUACUAAAGGUGGUGGUGGACCAACUUUCAAAACUCAGUUCCAGCGUCCUUUUGUGAUAAAUGUGGAUCCCAUUCGUGGACAAGAGUUUCCAUUUAUAACACUCUCAUCACAAUUUCCAGAAAAUUUCAUUCGAUACUUGGGCGGAACAGUGACUGCUAGAUCUGUCAAAUUGUUGAAGAGUAUUGGAAAUUUUGAAGAGCCCAGCCCUGAAACUAGAGACGGCUGGUGGAAUGAAAUCAGAAUUGAAAUGAGAUCUCACUGUCGAGCAUUUGGGUGCAAUGUACUCUUGGACUACGAAGAAAAGACAACCAUGUGGGAUGAAGUGGCAAUUUUAAGUGCGUCUGGAACAGCAGCAAUUAUAUCUACUAGCGGAAAUUGUGGCGAUGUGAAUAUGUCUGAACUAGGAGAUGUUAAUAAUAAGGAUGGUCACAAACGAACUGAUAGUUUCACUGGAGUUGUGCAACUCAACAUGGGUGCUAGGUCAUCCCCAAAGAUAUCUAGAGGACGCUAUGAUGACUCGGACGAGUUAGAAUAUCCUUGCAGAAUGCUUCACAUUCCUCAACCUAGUCUUUCUCUUCCAACAAUAAUUAGAAAGUCGCGAUGUGCAUACUGCAGGAAGGGCAAAGUACCGGAUGUGUUGGUGGCAACUAUUGAUCUUCCACCAGGACUUCACACAACCGGUCGCAGUUGUUUGAUUCAGACACAAGUAUUUCGUUCCAAGAAAGAAAGCAAAGGAGAAGUGGGGGCAAAAGAAAUGAGCGAUAGUAUCCCAUUUCUCGAGUACGAACUUCACCGUAGAUUGAUUAAUAAGUUGAAAGUACAAGGACUGAAUGCAAUUUUUGGAUAUAAAGUACAAAUCACCCAAGGGGAUAAAGUCGUUGUUGGCGUGGCCACAGGCACCGCCGUUUUCCUCACUGCACUUCCGGUUCCAUCGAUUCCAACAAUUUGUGCUGGAAACCUGAAAACAGAUGCUCAAAAAGUUCUGCAGUUUCAGAAAGUGAUUCAAGAGACAUUUGAGAGAAAUCGAGAAAUAUUUGGAGUAAAUAAUAUUGUUCUUCCAAAUUGGGGAGAUAUAAAUGGCUCAACUUCAGAUGGCGAAUCAGACGAUGAAUUAGAUAAUAGUCACGAAGCCAAGGACACUUUUGUGCUGGAGGUUGACGACGCAGAAGACAUUGAUAUCAUUACCAUGUUAAUAGAUCAGGCUAUUCCAGUAGGUUACAACAUGAGCAACAUUGAAACUAUAGUAGGAUUCGAUGGUAGGAAGGUGCUCAGCCAGCAGAUGUUUAACCAAGUAUGGAGGUGUAAAAUUGCUACAAUUUCUCAAAGACAGUUGACAGCUUAUUUUGAACGUUUGAUUCGGUUGGUGAGCUUCAAGCUUCGUCGUCUUCAGCCAUGUGUAUUUACCAGAAUGCAUUUUACUAUUGAUCUCCCAGAGUCUGAUGAGAUGCAACUGACUGUGAUUGGGAUGGCUCUCGGUCUGGAUGCAAAAAUGCAUCAGGUGUCUUUACCCAGCACGUCUGGCAAGAUUGGUGAACUAGGAAAACAAGACGACGAUCCAGAUAUUAUUUUUCAAUUCGAUGAAGACAAAACAAAACUUGGCAUAUCUUGUGAAUCUUCCGCAGAAAACUUGGCCAGUUCUAACCAGACCCACCAUUCUACUCCUCCUCUCUCGGCCGGAUUGCCUCAAAAAGUACCUCAUCCCUUGUCAAGUCCCACAGGUGCAUCAGGAUUAUCAGGAGGACUUCAACAAACCAAGAUUUCUUCGGGAACUAGCCCUGUUACAGCUUCUGUGAACAUUGCAUUGCCAUUGAAUGUGAGCCACGGUCAUGGAAAUUCCAGUAACGUUAAUCUUCCUCUAGGUGAAACAGGACGUAAUAGAAGUCACAGCGUUUUCUGUGCUCGUCAUCCCAACUCCAACUCUAAGUCUACUAGGUUUAUCUCUUUCAUCAAGCCGAUGCCUCUUCCUGUCUCCAAAAUGCGUCAUUGGGUCGAAAUAACCCCCCAAAAAUCAAUCAACGGAGCAAAGAUUGAACGCUAUCUGGGCAAUUUAAACUUUUACUUUAUUAGGGAAACAACAAGUUUACGCGAGAGUGGAGGUGUAAACACUUUCGUCCAUGCUCUGUUUACCGACUUUAUGGCGAUCGUUCGUGCUCACACAAGUGCUCUCGGAGGAAAUGCCAUAGUUUCUUACUUCAUGACGCGAUGUGACCUAUCUGAUUUAUCUAAGUGCGUGAUCAAUGUUGGAGGCGAUGCUGUCUUCGUAUCAUAUCCCGUUCACCAUCCUGAAGACGGAAUCGCUAUUGGUUAACAGAAGAAAGAUUUACGGCGUUUGUGAUUUGCAUAAUUUAUGUUAACAGGUCAACCGUUUCAGUCAUUUAUUUAUACGUGCUAUGUAUUUGCUAAAGACUUUUGCGUUUCAAUUUAUGUUGUAUACUAGAGUAAUUAAUGAUUAUAUUUCCCAGUUUAAAUCUUCCAUCCCUAAAAGUAUGUACUGAUCUUUGGAGAAAUAAUUGAAAUUAAACACAUGCUAUUUAAAUGUACUAAAUAAAUA